UGGCGAUUCAUACCUGAGGUCCCUACAGUGGAGGAAUUGUUGCUGGAGGACGUGGAAGUGCCGACCAAUAUCACUGAUGCGGCCUACGAUUCUGUCGACGAUUACCUUGGAACACACUACGAACUUGUGCGGGAGGACACCCUCGCUGGGUUGCGGGCUGCUGUCCAGCACGUCCGGAAAAACCCACUCUCCGAUGACACCCGUGAAAUCGCCAUCUACGAUCAUGUCGAGAUUCAAGGAUUGACGUUCGCCUCCAACCAUGGUGUUUGUGCGAAAGUCUCGUUCUGGCUGAACCGCGCUGGAAAGCAGAUCCGAUGGCAGCAGAGUAAACGCCUCAUUCCGGGCACGUUGGUCUGUUUGUCGAAGGACGAUUUCAAAACAUUCAGAAUCGCUACUGUGGCUGCGAGGCCGAUGUCCGGUGUCGAGAAGAACCCGCCUGAAGUUGACCUCCUCUUUGAAGGCGAGGGCUUGGAAGUCGACGCCAAGGUUCCGUGGUUGAUGGUGGAGUCUAGGAAGGGCUACUUCGAGGCCUCCAAGUGGGUUCUCAGGUCUAUACAGAGAAUGACUGAGGAGAACAUGCCCCUGAAGGAGCACAUAGUCUACCUCGAUAAGGAUGUCGGCCCUCCAAAGUACCUGGUAGAAAAUCCGGUGUACAAUCUGACUGCCAUCUUUCCCGAUGCCCGCGACCAGGAGUCGGUUGAAGAAGUCGACAUCCUUGAGGGCUGGCCCAAGAAGGUCGAGAGUAGCUUGGACAAAUCUCAAACCGAUGCCCUUAGGACGAUCCUCACCAAGCGAAUCGCCGUCGUGCAAGGUCCGCCGGGAACCGGAAAGACGCAUACCUCUGUGGCGGCGCUGCAUGCGAUGUUAGCCAACAUGACAGCCGACGACCCGCCGGUGAUCGUUGCGUGCCAGACCAACCACGCCCUGGACCAGCUUCUCCGUCAUGUAUACAAAUUUGAGCAUGAGAUCAUCCGUCUUGGUGGCCGAACCCAAGACCGCGAAGAUAUCAAGAAACGGACGCUGUUCAACGUGCGCAAAGGCUCAAAGGUCAAAGUCAUGGGCCGCGGUAUGCAGUCUAUCUUGAAGGAUAUGGACGCAGUUCGCAACAAAAUGACUAAGCUACUCGCGCCGCUCGCGGCUGACCUGAUAUCACCGGAUGCUCUCUUCGACUUCAAAUUGAUCAACGAGAAUCAGAGGCGGAGCUUUAUCAACGGGGCAAGCGGCUGGGUUCACGCGGAGGGGGAUAACAAGCCGACGUCACCGAUCGCCACAUGGCUCCACGGCUCCCUUGAGGCGUUGCCAGAUUGCCCAGAUCUUGGUUACGGCGUCGAGGACCCCGAGAUCGAUUAUGAGGCACUUCUGGACAUGGAAGCGGAAUACGCCCCACAUGACGACGAAGAUUUCAAGGAUGAACUCAACGGCUAUGAGUACACCCUGAAGCGUGCCUACGAAGUGAAAAUUCCAGAUGGAAUUGAGCCUAAGGAGCUCAAACGCGCGCUUCGAAAACAGGACGUCUGGAAUCUUCCCGAGUACAUGCGUGCUGCGGUCUAUCGUCACUGGGAGGCCGAGGCGGUCAGAUUGAUCCAGGCCAAGCUGCUGCCCAUGAACAAGGAAUACCAGAGACUCUCCCGCGAGCUCAAGGUAUCCCGGAUGGAGAGGGAUUCGUUUCUGCUGUCGCAAUCCAAACUCGUCGGAAUGACAACCACUGGUCUGAGCAAGUAUCGCACCUUGGUCGCCUCGGUCAAGCCAAAGGUGAUUUUGAUCGAAGAAGCCGCCGAGUGUCUGGAGGCGCCCGUGUUGGUCGGUUGCCUGCCGAGUGUUCAGCAUUUGAUCCUCGUCGGUGAUCACAAGCAGCUGAAGGGAAAGGUCAACGAGAUGGGACUGAUGGGUGACCCUUACAACUUGGACACGUCGAUGUUUGAGCGUUGGGUGCAGAACGAGAUGCCGUAUGUAGCCUUGAGAACCCAGCGUCGUAUGCGGCCCGAAAUCCGCGAGAUUCUCGAACCGAUCUACCCUAACCAACUCAAGGACCACGAGUCUGUGCUCGGUAGAGACCAUGUCCAGGGCAUGGGCGGAAUCAACAUGUAUUGGCAUUGUCACAGCGCCGACGAGGAGAAUAUGGCCGACACGCCGUCCAAGUGCAAUCCAUUCGAAGCCGAAUCCAUCGCCAAGUUUGUCGAGUAUCUAGUGCUAAAUGGCGUCGAACCGGAGAAGAUCACGAUCCUCACUUUCUACACGGGGCAGAAGUCGUUGCUCUACAAAACGCUUAAGAAAACUGUCAAUUUCAGGUUCACGAAUUUCAAGAUCGCCACAGUCGACUCGUAUCAGGGUGAGGAGAACGAUAUCAUUAUUCUCUCCCUCGUCCGGUCCAACUCCCACGGCAACAUCGGUUUCCUGGCCAACGAGAACCGUGUAUGCGUCGCGCUCUCCCGCGCCCAGCGCGGCUUCUACAUCUUUGGCAACGCAGCCAUGGUAACCCGCGCCGACAAGCUCUGGUGGGACAUCGGCUCGGUGCUCAACCAGCCGCCCGCCAAGAUCGGCUACACGCUACCUUUGACCUGCCACCGCCACAAGGAGCGCACGCUCAUCGAGGGCCCCAACAGCUGGGACGACAUUUCUGGCGGCUGCCGCCAGCUGUGCAAGGAGCUGAUGGCCUGCGACCACGAGUGUCCGCUCCGCUGCCACCCGUUCUCGCACGAGCAGUACCGCUGUCUCGCACCCUGCCAGCGCCUCAGCCCCAAAUGCGGCCACCAGUGCGCGAAACUCUGCUACAUCGAGGAGUGCGAGUGCGCGGAAUGCGACCGAUCCGCGAACCCGAAGGUCCGCAGGAUCGAGAUGGCCCCGAAGAUGCAGGAUCAGCAGCUGGGUGCCGAGAAUGAUCCGUGGAAUAUGGGUUAG